AUGUUGGCUACACGACCACUGCUCACGCUGCGCUCGGUGUCGCGCGUCGGCCUCCGCGCCACCCUCCCCACCUCGUUCGCCCUUCGCACCCUCCCCGCGGCUCGCUUCGUCUCCUCCUCGAGCAAGCCCCUCGCCGCUGCCGCACAGACAACCAAGUUGAGCCAGCAACAGAACUUGGACUUGCUCAACCAGCAGCGCGCUUUGCGUCCUAGCAGCCCCCACUUUACGAUUUAUCAGCCCCAGAUCACCUGGUAUCUGUCCAUUAUCAACCGUAUCACGGGGACCGGAUUGAGCGUUUUGAUGUACGCCUACUUCGCAGCGUACGCAGGCUACCCGUUGUUCGGUUCUGCCGAGGCGCUGUCCAGCGGUUCGAUCACCGACUUUGUCGCCACGCUGCCCGUGUGGUUCAAGACGGCCGUCAAAAUCCCCUUGGCGCUGGCGUUUAGCUUCCACAGCUUCAACGGUCUGCGCCAUCUCGCGUGGGACUGGGGUUAUGCGUUGACCCUCAAGGGCGUUUAUUCCACCGCGUACGUCGUCAUGGGUGCUACCGCGCUGACCACCGUUGGACUGUGCCUGAUUUGA